UUCCGCCAGCAAAGCUUCUGCCUCAAGGUCUGUAAGAUUGUUGUGUUGCAUAGGAUUUUGGUCCUCGAGGCUGUUAGUGCAGGUGUCUCUCUGUGUCUCAGUUCAUAACGUAUUAGUUACACCAACGUCACGUGAUUCUUGUACCAGGAGGGAGACUGCAGCUGUCAAACCGGUCUGUCCUGUGUUCUGACUAAAAAGUUGAUCUACCAAGGACAAAUGACGGACGUCAAAAAGUGCAUGCCAGAAGGGAUAGAGAUAGAAGUGGAAACAGUCGAUCUUGACGGGGAAGGUGCUGUGGCUCCCAUGAAGAAGAAACGUUUUUUGUUUAAUGGAUUAUUUAAGAGAUGUACAACUCAAACUGACUGCAGAGAAGACCAGUGUUGCUUAUUGAACAAGAGAUGCUCUCCAAAACUUCCGAAGUACUUCACAUGUUAUUUAACGCACUUGCACAAGUGUGGUUGCCGUGACGGUCUCAUCUGUACCGAAACAGCCUCCGUUACCAUCCCUCUGACUGGUAUCAAGGUCGCCCUGAGGCAGUGCAUGUAACUCGUACCACACUCUUGACCGAGACAAAGUAAUGAGCCGAGGAGAAGACAAAACUAACCAUGUAACGCUUAGAAUCAUUUCAGUGAAAGGAAUAAAGAUAGUCUUCGAGAAAAA